GCAUUACAAAUAUUUGCUGGAGAUAAAACUGGCAUAUUUUAAUAGCUUUGGAAAAAUAGUUAAGUAAAUGGAAGUUUGAUUUUCAGAAAUCAGCUGAUAUCAUAUUCCUAGCUAGCCAUGAAGAAAUUGUUCGUCACAAGUUUUCUGUUACCAUUUCUGACUUUUGGAGAACAAAUUAACAGUCGUGAGGAUGUAAAUGCAAAAUCAAAUGUUCUUGAACACACUUUAAACGAUCUAAUGGAUUUUGUCUACAUUCAGAAAAAACGUAAUGAAGAUUUAGAAUCCCGGAUUCUACAGAACCAAAAAGAAAUCGAGCAAAUGAAGGACCGGUAUAGUGGAACAAUAAAAACUUUGGAAACUCGUAUAUGUAAAAUUGAAGAUAUAACAAAGACUCAAGAUCGUGAUCUUACGAUACGGAGAAAAAAUACAGUAGGAGAAAAGAGGUUUAUUGCCCAUUUAAAACACCGAAUUACAAAUGUGGAAAAAGUCCAUGUACCACAGUUUGAAAAUCCAUGUGACCCCGAAAAUAGUUCCCAUGUAAAUGUUGCCAGUGUAAAAGCAUUAUCGAUGGGUAAUAUCAACCCUGAGAGAAUUCUGAGUAAGAGACAUCUUAGAAGGCGAUCUGUCACACAAAGAUCAAAUGAAACUGGUAUUAUUGCAUUCUAUGCAUACAUGUCUUCGAUGGUUGGGAACCCUAGUACACGCCUAGUAUUGGUCUUUGAUGUAGUCCGAACCAACAUUGGAAAUGCAUACCAUGCUUCAACUGGGGUCUUUAUUGUUCCCGAAUCAGGAGUCUAUGUGUUUACCUGGACAUUUCGCUCAGGGAAUGGUGAUGGCCACUCAGUUCAACUAAUGAUAAAUGCAGUAGAAUAUGGUUCUGUUUAUCAUCGCACACUAAGAGCCGUAGAAGCAGAAGAAACAGGAAUAGUUGUUGCCCAGGUAACAACUGGAGAUGAUGUUUAUGUGAGGAUAAAAUCCAUAUAUCGUUUAGGGGAAGCACACUAUAUCCAAAGUGAUUCGGAUGGGAGAACAUCUUUUGCAGGAUGGAAGCUGUAAAGUAGAUGUAUGCCUGGAUCAGUGAAUAAUUGAUUGAUUGUAUAUUGUUAAAUUUUUAAAUUCUAAAGCUACUCUCUUUUUCGAAUUGCAAGGAAAUUUUACACAAAAAUACUUUCGUUGGUCGUUACAUGUAGUAUGGAAAUUUAUUGAUGUCACUGCACAUCCAGAAUUUUGUAAAGCCGAAAUGCACAAUUAUCCCGCUCUUGUAUUUUUUUCAUUUUAAGUGCUUAAAUAUUAUUUACAAGAACAUAAUUUAUUGCUUAUUGAUGGAUCAGCCAUUGCUCAUAAAACUUAAGCAAGCUUAAGUGGCUUUCUUUUUCAGAAAGCUGUAAUAAUGUAGCCCUCUCCUUUUUUUCUCCCCAGGAAAUAUCAGUUUAAAAAAAUCGCAGAGUGCUGCAUUAUUGCAGCUAUUUUAGGUAGUUCAAUCCUUAGGUUCUAAAAAUCAACAGUUAAGUGAUUGAAGUCGCCCUUGCAGUGAUAAGAGCUGUUGCUUUAGAGUCAUGUAGUAUUAAGGAGAUAAUCCUUACG